AAUAAUCCAGGCUUUAUUUUCCCCUUACGUUGUUUGUCUUCGUCUUCUCCUUCCUCCGUUCUCCCCCAAACCGCGAGACAUCAGCAAACCCUUCUCCAAACAGAACUCUCCGCUCUCGCCCGCACCGCGCUCCAGUUCCCGCCCGCAGCACCAUGCUCAUCGCCACCUCGUGAUUCCUACUCCCCGAACCCGCACCCAGAAUUCGCCAUGGCGGCGUCGGAGCGGGAGGCCGGCCUCCUCGCCCGCGUGGCCGCGAACCACCUCUUCCUCGCUCAAUUCGAGCCCAUGCGCGCGGCUCUACUCAGCCUCCGCCGCCGCACCGAUCCCGAUCUCGCUGCAGACUUCCUCCGCGCGGUGGUCGCCUCGGGGGGCCGCGUCCCUGGCGUGCUCUGGUCGGCGCUGCCCGCCUGCCCCUCCUCCUCCCACCUCGCCUGGCUCGCCGUGCUUGAGCUCGCUGCCCUCCCUUCCACUCCCAACCCCGAGUCGCUCCGCCUCAAGGCUGAGUUUCUCAUUCUUCUCCAGCCCAUCGCUGAUGACCCUGCCACCGGCGUCGAUGCUCGGGGAACGCUCGUGAAGCUGCUGGAUUUGGGGGUGGCGAGGCUGAAACGCGAGGUCGACGACUAUGGGGAACCUGUCGAGGAGGUCCCGGUUACCGAGGAGGAUCUGAGGGGGUUGUGGGGGGUGGUCCUCGACAAUGCCGAGCUGUUUGACGCCCUGUGUGCGGGCGUUUCGAGGCAGAUCGGACUGGACUCAGGUUUUGGUGUAAAUGUGCUCCUGUCGUUGCGACGUAGCGUGCAGCUCGCCCACUUGGACGCCAUGAAGGCGCUUGUCAUGGCUGGUGACGUCGAAAGUGCUACUGGGCAUAUCCGGUUCCUCUGUUUGGAGAAUGGCGUAGAGGAGGACAGUUAUAAGGUUGUCCUAGGUGAUGUUGUGAAAAAGGGUUGGGAAAAAUCAUCAAAUUAUUUUGGAAAAUGGUUUGAAUCGCGUAAUAGAAUCAUUACAAUUUAUGGAGAAGCACUUCAGUCAAGCAGUCCCCAGCUUGUUCAACUAAUUCAGAUCAUUCUGGAUGACAUUCUUUCUGAAGAAUUUGAAGACCACAGUAUCUCUGAUGCUCAUUGGAUGCCUCUUCCUUUCAAGAAGUUUCUGGAAACAUUGUGGUUGGAGAGGGAUGCUGAUUCAGAUGACAGGACCAUUUUGACCGAAGCUAUAGUAUCCUGCAAGAAAGAUCUGUUCCACUAUUCUCGACUUUCUGGAAAGCAUGUCCUUGAAGUUAUCAUGGAAACUGCUCUAUCAUUAAUUAAGAGAGAACAGCUUCAAGAAGCUGUUAAUGUUGUUUCUUUAUUUCCCCUUCUCCAGCCAUUGGUUGCUGUAUUGGGUUGGGAUAUUCUGAAGGGUAAGACAGAACUGCGGAGAAAGUUAAUGCAGUUGUUCUGGACAAGCAAAUCCCAAGCUCUGCGUCUACAAGAAUAUUCACAUUACCGUGCACAGACGGAUGAGACAUCCUGUGAGGAGUACCUAUGUGACCUGUUAUGCUUUCAUCUGGAUCUUGCAUCCUUCGUUUCCAGUGUGAAUUCUGGGCACCCUUGGAAUUUGAGGAAUUCAUUGUUCUCCCAAAAAGAGCAAGAUUCAGUUGUUAAUGCAGAAACAUUAGAUCCUUUUGUUGAGAACAUGAUACUUGAGCGGUUAGCUGUUCAGACUCCCAUGAGAGUGCUGUUUGACGUGGUCCCAGGAAUAAAGUUUCAAGAUGCAAUUGAGCUUGUUGGUAUGCAGCCACUUUCUUCAACAACUGCAGCUUCGAAAAGGAUGCAUGACAUCGAGCUGAUGCACAUGCGAUAUGCUCUACAGUCAGUUGCCCUUUCUUUAGGGGAGAUGGAGAAGUGUGCAGGUGAUGGGAAUGAGCACCAUUAUCACAUAGCUUUGUCAUAUUUGAAGGAGAUGCAAAAUUUUAUGGAGGCUAUCGAAAGCACUCCACGAAAGAUUUUCAUGGUCAGCAUUGUAUUAUCAUUAUUACAUAUGGAUGACACUAUCAAGUUGCCGCAAGCCGCCCCCCCAGAGUGUUCUGUCAAUCAUGAUUGCUGUGAUAGUAAUACUGAAUCUGAAGGGAAGAACAUGGUGAUAUCUUUUGUUGGACUUCUGCUUGACAUACUUCGACAUAAUGUCCUAUUUAAAGGCCCUGAUAUGGAUCAGUUGCCAAGUACUGGUCUGUCACCUGCUGGCAGGCAAGCGUUAGAGUGGAGACUCAAACAUGCCAGCCAUUCCAUUGAAGACAUGGAUUGGCGUCUAUCUGUUCUACAACGCCUCCCACCUCUGUCUGGGCGACAAUGGAGUUGGAAGGAGGCAUUAGUUGUUUUACGUGCCGCUCCUUCAAAAUUGUUGAACGUGUGCAUGCAAAGGGCAAAUUAUGGUAUAGGAGAGGAAGCUGUACAACGAUUUUCUUUGCCUGCUGAGGAUAAAGCUUCUCUUGAAUUAGCUGAAUGGGUAGCUGGUGCAUACAGAAGAGCAUUGGUUGAGGAUGCUCUAAAUCGGGCCACAGACAACCCAAGUGUUGCACGCGAAUCAGAUAUUUUGUCAUUCCGUGCUCAGCUUGGUCCUUUAACUACGAUUCUGCUUUGCAUUGAUGUUGCUGCAACUUCUGCUAGGUCAGGGGAUAUGUGUCGAUUUCUUCUUGAUGAGGCUACAAGUUUGUUAUCUGAAAUAUUUCCAGGAACCUCCCCAAAAAUAGGUCCAACUUAUUGGGAUCAGAUUCAAGAAGUUGCUAUCAUAUUAGUGAUAAAGUGCAUCCUUCAGCGCCUGAGUGGCAUUUUAGAUCUCGAAGGUCGGCCAUAUCUUCAAGUAGUUUUUACCGAAGUGAGUGCCUCUUUGUCAACUGAAUCUAGCAGAGUUGGACAAAAGCAACGUCCACUUGGACUCCUGCAUCAGAUGAUUGAUGAUGCCUUCAGAGGAAAGCGUCAGUUCUUGAAUGGUAAUGCCUACUUUAUUCAGUUGAACUGUAAUUGUUGUUGCGAUUAUGUUCUAGAGGCAUUUCUGAACUUUUCUAUUUCAGGUAAACUUCACAAUGUUGCAAGAGCUAUUGUUGAUGAAGAUUCGGAUAAAACUUACUCAAAAGACGGUACCAAGUCAGAAAAAAAAGAUGCUUUGAUAUCCGAAAAAGGUACAGUCCUUGGUCAUGGACUUAGAAUCCUGAAGCAAGCAUCUAAGACUGACCCAACAGCUUCAAGUGUUCCUGAAAGCAGUUCAGACCACAAAGGUUCUACAAACAGAUACUUGGGUCAUGUAUCUACCAAGCCGUCGACAUACUUAUCAAACUUCAUAAUAUAUAUUGCAACCAUUGGUGACAUAGUUGAUGGAACUGACACGACUCAUGAUUUCAACUACUUCUCAUUGGUGUACGAACGACCAAAAGAUCUUUUAACUCGUUUAGUUUUUGAGCAUGGAAGCACUGACGCAGCUGCGAAGGUAGCUGACACAAUGGGUGUGGAUUUUGUGCAUGAGAUAAUAUCAGCUUGUGUGCCACCAGUUCUUCCUCCACGAACAGGACAAGGAUGGGCUUGCAUUCCUAUUUUAACCACAGUUUCUAAUAUUAUUUCUGAAAACAGUUCAACAGUUCCAAAGUCCCUCCCCCCUGAUCAAGGAUGGAGUCCACAUGAUUCAUUGUUGUCUUCUCGCCGGGAUCCGCUGUAUCCUCUUCAGUUAAAUUUAGUGAAGCAUUUAGCCCAAUUAUCAUCAGUAAGAGCAGUUCUGGCAUGUGUGUUCGGAAGUAGCAUACUAUCUGGUGACAGUGAAUCAUCUCCUACUUAUGUGAAAGAUGCAAUGCAAACCACUGAAGUUGAGAGGUCAUUCUAUGAAUUCGCUCUUGAACAAUCGGAGAGAUAUCCAACUUUGAACCGGUGGAUACAGAUGCAGUCUAACCUUCACCGGGUAUCUGAGUCUGCCGUGGCAGUUAAAACUGAAAAUGAAGUCGCCGUGCAUCAAUCAAAAGGAAAAUUUUCUAUUAAGCGAGCUCGUGAACCUGACAGUGAUGCUGAAUCAGAGCUUGAAGAUGUCGUCAUAAAUGGAAAUGCCGCUUCAAGUACACUAGAAUCCCCUAAACAUGAUGAUGCUAAACUAGAGCCAACAGCUUUUAUUUCUUUUGACUGGGAGAACGAAGGACCAUAUGAGAAAGCCGUUGAGAGGCUAAUUAAUGAAGGAAAACUAACUGAUGCUCUUGCUGUAUCCGACCGUUGUUUGCGCAAUGGAGCGUCUGAUAAAUUACUUCGAUUGCUCAUUGAUCAAAGGGAAGAAAGAAGUCUAGGCACAGGACAAUUCCGCCCAUAUGGUUCCCGUAACUUGGGGAGUAAUACUUGGCAGUAUUGUUUGAGACUGAGGGAUAAAAAACUUGCAGCUCAGCUUGCUCUUAAGUACCUGCACAGUUGGAACCUUGACGCUGCAACCAAUGUUCUAACUAUGUGCAUCUGCCACUUACCUGAGAAUGAUCCUAUGCGGAGUAAGGUGCUACACAUGAAGCAAUCUCUGCAACGGUAUGGUCAUAUUAUGAGUGCUGAUGACCAUUACACCAGAUGGCAAGAGGUCGAAGUUGAUUGUGAAGAUGAUCCAGAAGGGGUAGCACUUAGGCUUGCCGCCAAAGGAGCUGUAUCUGCUGCUUUACAGGUCGCCGAAAGUGCCUCUCUGUCAAUCGAUUUGCGGAGGGAACUGCAAGGCCGCCAGCUUGUCAAACUUCUUACCACUGAUCCACUUAAUGGUGGAGGCCCAGCUGCGGCAUCACGAUUUCUAUCGACCUUACGAGAUUCCAAUGAUGCUCUUCCUGUUGCCAUUGGUGCCAUGAAGUUAUUACCUGACUUGCGCUCAAAGCAGCUUCUUGUGCAUUUUUUUCUCAAACGUACAGUUGGGAAUUUGUCAGAUGCUGAGAUUGCUCGACUUAAUUCAUGGGCGCUGGGUCUUCGUGUUCUUUCCUUAUUGCCAUUGCCAUCACAACAGCGUUGCUCUUCUCUGCAUGAACAUCCUCAGUUGAUUCUGGAAGUACUAUUGAUGAUGAAGCAACUCGAGUCUGCGUCUCUGGUUUUGAAAGAAUUUCCAUCCCUGAGGGAUGACAAGUUAAUCAUUGCUUACGCUAAGAAAGCAAUCUCUGUCAAUAUCGAUUCUACUCUUAGGGAACCGCGACAAACCAUCUCUGCGGCAAGAGAAAAAGAAAAAAAGGCUGCCAUACCAGCUAAAACAAAUUUUGUGCAGAGUUUUGGCAACUUUCAGAGAGAGGCACGUAAAGCAUUCUCAUGGGUGCCCCGCGAUGGUGGCACCAAAACCCCCCCGAAAGAUAUCCCUCGGAAAAGAAAGAGUUCAGGCUCAGGUGAUAGAUCCUCUUGGGAAGCGAUGCCUGGUGUACAGGAGGAGCAGACACCUGUUUACCCUUCUGAAGGACAAGAUAGACUUCCUUUUGUUUCUGCUCCUGAGGAGUGGGUGCUUACCGGAGAGCCUGAUAGGGAUAACACAACUCGUUCAUGUCAUAGAUAUGAAUCCUCUCCAGAUAUCGCACUAUUCAAGGCAUUGCUUUCACUGUGCACUGAUGAGUCAGUAGCCGGAAAAGGUGCACUUGAACUGUGUGUUACUCAGAUGAAGGUUGUGCUAAGCUCCCUACAGUUGCCUCUCAAUGCAUCUAUGGACAAUGUAGCCCGGGCUUAUCAUGCAACGGAAACUUAUGUGCAGGCAAUCUCUUAUUCAAAAAAUCUACUAAAAAAGCUCACCGGGAGUAGUGAUUUGUCAAGUGGCUCUGAAAGAAGUAGAGAUGCUGAUGAUGUUUCUGUGGACGCUGGCAGUUCAAGCACUGGGGUCCAACAUCAAGAUGAGCUGUCUGAUCUCCUUGCUCAAGCAGAUAUGUGGCUAGGGCGUGCUGAGCUUCUUCAAAGCCUGCUGGGAUCAGGUAUUAUUGCAUCACUUGAUGAUAUUGCUGGCAAAGAGUCUUCAACUAGUCUACGUGACAGGCUGGUCAGUGAUGAGCGAUACAGCAUGGCUGUAUAUACUUCUAAGAAGUGCAAGAUUGAUGCUUUUCCAGUGUGGGUUGCUUGGGGCCAUGCUCUAGUUCGAAUGGAACACUACGCUCAAGCCCGUGUGAAAUUUAAGCAAGCUCUUCAACAGUUCAAAGGUGAUGCGCCUCCUGUUGUCCUUGAUAUCAUUAACACAAUUGAAGGGGGUCCUCCUGUUGAUGUUUCUUCUGUCCGCUCUAUGUAUGAACAUGUAGCAAAAAGUGCAGCAACCAUCUUCGAUGAUUCCCUUUCUGCUGAUUCUUAUCUUAAUGUUCUAUAUAUGCCAUCCACAUUCCCACGAUCUGAGAGGUCCAGGCAAUCCAGAGAUUCUCUAGAUAGCCAAUUUUCGUCUGCUAACUCAUACCUUGAAGAUGGUCCUCGCAGCAAUCUUGAUAGCGUCCGAUAUGCAGAGUGUAUUCAUUACUUGCAGGAAUAUGCUCGCCCACAAAUGCUUGCUUUCAUGUUCAGGCAUGGCCAUUAUGCAGAAGCAUGCUCUCUAUUCUUUCCAUCCAGUGAACCAACCGCAGAAGGGGAAACAUCUUUGUCUUCAGUUCCUCGGAGUGAUCCUUUAACAACUGAUUAUGGGACAAUUGAUGACCUGUGUGAUCUAUGUCUUGGAUAUGGUGCUAUGUCUGUAUUGGAGGAUACAAUAUUGGCAAUAACUCAAUCCCCGACAUAUCAUGACACAACUGUGAUUCAGUACAUGAACACUGUUCUCACCCGCAUUUGUAACUACUGUGAAAUGCAUCGGCACUAUAAUUAUCUUUACAACUUUCUGGUUCUAAAAGGUGACCAUGUGGCUUCUGGCCUUUGCUGUAUUCAGUUAUUCAUGAAUUCAAUGUCCCAAGAGGAAUCUCUGAAGCAUUUGGGACAUGCCAAGACACAUUUUGAGGAAGCUUUAUCUGUACGAGAUAGAACAAUUGAGGCUACAAAAUUGGUAUCACGGACUGCUCGCAAUAAGAGUGCAUCGGAAAAACUAACUAGAGAGAUGAUAAUGAAAUUUUCUACCAGAGUUUCCUAUCAGAUGGAUGUUGUGAAGGUCCUCAACAGUGUAGAUGGGCCUCAGUGGAAGACCUCCCUGUUUGGAAAUCCAACUGAUCCUGAAACUCUGAGGCGAAGGUGCAUGGUUGUUGAAACUCUGGCUGAAAAGCAUUUCGAUUUAGCUUUUAGAAUGCUUCAUGAGUUUGAUCUUCCAGUUGUGGAUGUUUAUGCCGGUGUAGCAGCAUCCCUCGCAGAGAGGAAAAAAGGUGGCCAGUUAACGGAGUUCUUGAAAAACAUAAGGGGAACCAUAGAAGAUGAUGAAUGGGAUCAGGUUCUGGGUGCUGCUAUAAAUGUUUAUGCUAACAAGCAUAAAGAAAGGCCAGAUCGACUUAUUGAUAUGCUAAUCAGCAAUCACAGGAAAGUACUUGCUUGUGUUGUUUGCGGCCGUCUGAAAAGUGCAUUCCAGAUAGCCUCACGAAGUGGAAGUGUAGCUGAUGUUCAAUAUGUUGCCCAUCAGGCAUUACAUGCAAAUGCAUUGCCGGUUCUUGAUAUGUGCAAGCAAUGGCUGGCCCAGUACAUGUAACUGUAAUGUUCUGACUGCCGAGGGAGAAUUUAAAUUAGUACAGAAAAAAGGGGGUUUGCACCAAUGAGCAGAAAGCGGGUUAAUGCAGAGAUCAAGUUCAGAACAAGACCACCCCCCCCCCCCCCCCCCCCCCCCCAAAUAAAGGCCAAGGCGUACAGUUCGUCCUCGCAUCAGCGUGUGUGCCGUAUGUGCAUGCCCGGGUGUACAUGUUUUUGGGUGAGUGGCUGUUGAUGCAUUUGCACAUGGGAGCGCAUGCAUGCGUGAUGUGUGGUGUAAAUUUUGCAGUUCCUUUGCCUCCAUCACCAGUGAUGGAUAAUUCUACCAUGAGGGAUGCAAAACUCAGAAAGGCUAGUGGCUACUUUAGUCAACGUUUGUAUGAGAAGUUUUGGCUGAUCUUGAUUCCUGAUCUUGUGGUUUCUUUUUUUGAGAUGCACAUUUGUAUAGCAAAAUAGUUGUAGAUGCAGAUGCACUUUUCAAGUAGCAGCUUUGAACUCUUGAUUUUUAGCUCAUGAGAAGAAAAAGGUCAGUCUUUCAGCUA